UUUUAGGUUAUCUAAUGACAAAUCGAAGUAUUUAGCAUUAUAGAAUUAACCAAAUGUCAAAUACCACAGAAACUUCAAAUAUUGACAACGAAUGGUUAGAAAAGUCAUUAAAAUUGCAACAGAAUGUUGAUUCUCAUGAAAAUAUUUUACGAUUUUAUGGAAUUACUAAAUUUGAGACAAUAAAAUAUUCUUUAGUCUUGGAAUACGCUGAUGGUGGUACAUUAAGAGCUUAUUUAAAAAAGCAUUUUAAUGAACUUAAUUGGAAUGACAAAUAUCAGUUAACAUCACAACUUGCAAAUGCUGUAGACAUUCAAAUAAUAUACUUAUACGUAAAAAAAAAUAUUAAAUUGGCGGACUUUGGUUUAUCAAAAAAAAAUUACCGAAGCAACAAGCAAUUCAAAAGUAUUUGGUAAUACCUUAUAUAGACCCAAAAUGUUUCAACAUUAAGAGUAAUAAAUAUACAUUAAAUAAAAAGUCCGAUAUAUAUAGCAUUGGUGUUCUUAUGUGGGAGAUCUCAAGUGGACAACAACCGUUUUAUGGGGAAGAUUAUGACGUAAGUUUAGCCUUGGCUAUACUUUACGGAAGAAGAGAAAACGUUAUUGAUGGGACUCCUAGUGCAUAUAGUAAUUUAUAUAAAG